AUGACCGAGCGAACCAGGCCUGAUGUCAAAGAGAUCAAGGACGCAUAUGACUACCUGUUCAAUUCUGCUUUCAACAUGUCCAAGAUCAAGGACGCCGCGCUAGGUGGUCGUCUCUUCCGCGGCUCAGACGAUGCAGACGGUGUGCCAGGGAGGAGCAUGGCUUGGAAGCUGUUCCUGCUGCAAGCAGAGCCCCUUCAAAUGCCCCAUGAUGUGGUGGCCAUCGCACCUCUCGAAUCAUUACGAGUAUCUCGUAAAGAAUACACUAAGUUACUGCUGGAAAAGAUGCGCUCUCCAGAUGGAAGCUACGAGGAAGGGCUCGUCAUCCCCGGUCUUGCGACAUCGCCACCGAGGGUGGACCUCUCAAAGCAGAAUUUAGAGAAGAACAAUCCACUGAGUCUACACGACGAGAAUCCUUGGACGAAAUGGUUUGAGUCGGUUGAUUUGCGAAAGACAAUUCUCCAGGACGUUGAGCGCACCUUCCCCGACGUUGGUUAUUUCCGUGACCCAGAAGUGCAAGCACAACUCACAAACAUCCUGUUCGUUCACUCCGUCAUGCAUCCAGAUGUCGGGUACCGGCAAGGAAUGCACGAGCUGCUCGCCCCGCUGUAUUUUGCCGUGGACUACGACUCGGUUACUGAAGACGAGCCAGGACUGGAUGAUAGUCCAGUGAAGGAAUUCUGCUCCCGCACAUGGGUUGCUUCAGACGCCUGGUCGCUCUUUGUGUCUGUCAUGCGCGGCGUUGGUCGGUGGUAUGAGUGGCGUGAGUCGCAGAGCCCAGCGGAUACGUCGCCUCUCGGGUCACACGUUCAGCUGAACAUACCCUCGGGUGAGACCAGGUUGAAGCCGUAUGUCGCGCCGAUAGUGGACGCGUGCAACCGAAUACAGUCGACGUACCUGAAAUCCGUAGACCCAGAGCUCUGGCGGCGCAUGCAGAGUGCAGGCAUUGAGCCACAGAUAUACGGAAUACGGUGGCUACGAUUACUUUUCACCCGAGAGUUCAGUAUGCAGGAUGCCAUGAUUAUAUGGGACGGCCUAUUUGCCUGUGAUCCUUCCUUCGAUCUCGCGCAAUGGUUAUGUGUGGCCAUGCUGAUUCGCAUACGCAACCAAUUGAUUCCGUCUGAUUACAGUGGUCAACUCACUUACCUCCUACGAUACCCUUCACAGCCACCUUCUGCAGAAGCACCAGCUGUACAUCACGCUACGCUCCUCCUCCACCAAGCACUGACCUUGCAAAUGUCUCCAAGCCCCGCUGCCGGCGUCUCAGUGAUACACGAGAACAGGAACCUGCUCAGUAUUCCUAUCGAGGUGCCUGAACCGUCGCCACCGCCGCCCAUGCGCCGUAGACAGCGACCUGGAGAGUGGGGGAUGUCUUUCUCGUCCGAGGCUGCGUCGAGGGCAGGCCAAAGCAGCAAAUCCGCGCAUGGGCGCCAGCAGUCCACCCCCUUGGGCCUAUCCGAGAUGCUCGCCCGGGGACUGCUGGAACGAGGCGAGAGCCUCGGGAUCAACAAGACCGUGAUGAACGCCGUCUCGGAGCUGAAGCGGAAUCUCCCGGACUUGACCAACUCGCUGGGACGGUUCCCGAUGACGCCACAAACGGCAUAUGCUGCGUAUCCCCUCACUGAUGAGAGGCUGCCUAGUGAGCGCCCGCCUUGGGAGUCUCGCAUACGGUUUGAGGUGGAUCGCGAAGUUGCGCAGAUGCAGUCGCUUCAGAAGCGUCUGGGGGACUCGGUGUCGUGGAUUGUUGACACCCUCUUGUUAGACGAGAGCACCGGUCCCAACGAAGACCGUGCGCGAGCGGUCCAGAACAGGAAGCGGGAAGCGCUAGAGUGUCUAUCGUACGUCAGGGACGUGCUACGAGGGACGGUAACCGUGGUCGAGGAGGAGCGGUUGGUAGGAGAGGAGGAGUUCAAGAGGAGGCAGGCGAAAGAAGAGCAGCUUGCGAUGCCUGCACCACCACAGCCUGCAGCACCUCCUCCUGCUGAAACACGUCCACAGGCAUUGGGAUCUGGUAUGCCGUCGGACUACUUCUCGUCCACCAUGCGUUCCCAGUCCAGGGCGUCGAUUCCUGUUGCUAGGCUGUCUCCUCAACCCCCCUCCUCGACGGCGUCACCUUCACUCUCGACGCCCAACAGCAAGGGGGUUCCGAUGGCGCCGUGGAACCAUACACGCUCGAAUUUCUCCAGUAAAGCCCCGCCUAUUCCGAACUUGCCCCGUCUUCCUCCACGCACGUCCACGGCGACUCACCCUGGUGUUGUGCCUUCUGCAUAUACCCCACCACUACGCCCUUCCCCAGUAGUAGAAUCUGCUACAUCGCCAGGAUAUCCCCCGCGUCAUGGAGUGCAGCAGGACCCGUUGGGUGCCCUCCCGUAG